GGCCGACGUCCUAUCCGCGUUUGCCGUAAGACUCACGUUGUCGCGACCACCUGCCAAUUCGCCGCCUCCACGAUUCCAGCGUCUCUCAAUCCGCCGUUCUACACAGCUUUACAGUUUUAAUAAAUCAACUUUCAACAACUGUCAUCAUGGUACUUUUACAGUUUGCUUUGUGUUUUGCGGUGUUUGUUAGUUUUGUUUGCGGAUACUCGUGGCCGCACGAGGAGACAACCACGAGGUCACAGUACAGAGACUUUCAUACCGAUCCUCUGGUUGUGGAAACAACUACCGGUUUGGUUCGCGGGUUCUCUAAAACAGUUUUAAGCCGGGAAGUACAUGUUUUCACCGGUAUACCAUUCGCGAAGCCGCCUAUAGAUGGGCUGCGUUUCAGGCGUCCUGUACCAAUAGACCCAUGGCAUGGCAUUCUUGAGGCUAACAAACUUCCAAACUCCUGUUACCAAGAGCGUUACGAAUAUUUCCCAGGAUUUGAAGGUGAGGAAAUGUGGAACCCAAACACGAAUAUAUCGGAAGAUUGUCUCUAUUUAAAUAUUUGGGUGCCUCAGCGCCUGCGCAUCAGGCAUCACGCCGACAAACCGCCACAAGACAGACCUAAAGUUCCGAUUUUAAUAUGGAUUUAUGGUGGCGGGUAUAUGAGUGGUACCUCGACCUUGGAUAUUUAUGAUGGAGAUAUAAUCGCUGCCACAAGCGAUGUUAUUGUUGCAUCUAUGAAUUAUCGCAUUGGAUCAUUCGGGUUUCUUUAUUUGAACAAAUAUUUUUCAAGAGGAAGCGAAGAAGCUCCUGGUAACAUGGGAAUGUGGGACCAAGCAUUGGCAAUUCGUUGGAUCAAAGAAAAUGCUGCCGCUUUCGGUGGCGAUCCGGAACUAAUAACAUUAUUUGGUGAAUCGGCUGGAGGCGGCUCUGUAAGCAUCCAUCUACUCAGUCCCGUCACAAAGGGUCUGGCUAAAAGGGGCAUAUUGCAAUCGGGUACCAUGAACGCACCCUGGAGCUUCAUGACCGGAGAACGGGCCGAGCAAAUUGGCAAAAUUCUUAUACAAGAUUGCGGUUGUAACGUAACCCUUUUAGAAACGAAUCCUCAUCAGGUAAUGGAUUGUAUGAGGGCUGUCGACGCGAAGACUAUUUCCUUGCAACAAUGGAAUUCGUACACCGGCAUAUUGGGUUUCCCAUCCACUCCCACCAUCGACGGGGUCUUUUUACCCAAACAUCCGAUGAAGAUGUUGGCUGAAGGCGAUUACGAGGACAUGGAACUCCUAAUAGGAAGUAACCAUGAUGAAGGUAACGUAAAAGCUAUUUAA